AGGAUGCAAGAGAUCCAGCAAGGCAGCCUCCGUGUGUGGUAUCUGGGGCCCGCCACAUUAGCAGCGUUCAAGGGAUGAAAGUCACACGACCAAUGUAGUACUGAACUGCACUGGACGUGAGGGAGUGCAGGGCUCGGCGGUACUGGGAGCGACGGUUUGAACACAAGACAACCAUCGGUGGCAAGCCACAAAGAUGCUGGUGGAGCUGCUUCUGUUCGUUGUGCUGGUGUUCCUGUUGUGGAAGACCUUCAGGAAACCCCCCGGACUGCCUCCAGGCAAGUGGGGGCUUCCUCUAGUGGGCUACAUACCCUGGACCAGUAAGAGCUUUGAGGAGCAGGUGAUGGACCUCCACGAGCAGUAUGGAGACAUCUUCCUGUGGAGGAUGGGGACUCAGUUAAUGGUUUUUAUAAAGGACUACAAACUGAUGAAAGAAGCUUUCUCCAGAUCCGAGUUUACUCACAGACCAAACUGGGAGGUCCUGAAGUUUAUAGAGGAAGUUCCACAUGGAAUCGUUUCAAGUAGUGGCAUUAUAUGGCACAACAACCGGAGAUUUACGCUGAGGCAGCUGCGUGACCUUGGCAUGGGCAAGUCCUCCCUGGUGGGGGCGGUGCAGGACCAAGGCCUCAAGCUGCGGGAGACUCUCGCAGAGAGGGCUGGAACACCCGGAAUGAUUCCCCAUCAGCUUCACCUGUCUUUGAUCAACGUGAUCUGGCACAUGGUGGCAAGCAGACAGUUCGAUGCAGAAGACGAAAGAUUACAUGAGUUUGUAAAACUUUUGUCAGAAUUUGUUUUACUUUCAAAUCGACUGGCCAUCAAGGACUUCAUGCCAUGGAUGCAAAAUGUCAUGCCGGAUUUCCUCUUUAAACGCCUCAUAAAGUAUCAUGAACUGAUAGACUUGAAGGAAAAAUUUAUGCGAUACUUUAAGGAUGAGACCGAGAAGCACAAGGCCACUUUGGAUCCAGACAACCCGCGGGACCUCAUUGAUAACUACCUGCUGGAGAUGGAGGCCAAGAAAGAUGAUCCGGAGACAACCUGCAGCGAGGAGGAUUUGUUGUUUAUAAUGUUUGAGUUGUUCAGUGCGGGGAGUGAGACCUCUGCCUACACUUUCAUGUGGCUGUGUUGCUACCUGGCCGCACACCCGGAGGUUCAGCACAAGUUGCAUGCUGAAGUUGACGAAGUGCUUCCCAAUGGAGCUCUGCCCACUUUGGCGGAGAAGCCCAGGAUGCCGUACACAGAGGCAGUGAUCAACGAGGCGAUGAGGGCUUGUGCACUGGUAAACUUCGGAGUACAGCACAUGGCCGCCAGUGACACGCAGCUCGGGGGCUACACCAUUCCCAAGGGAGCGGUCGUGAGCUCCACCGUCACGUCCAUGCACUAUGACAGUCUAUACUGGGAUCGACCCAAGGAGUUCAGGCCGGAGCGCUGGCUGGAUGAGAACGGCAAAUUCUUCAUGGCCAAGGAGGGUUUCCUGCCCUUCGGUGUGGGAAAAAGAGUGUGUGUCGGGGAAAGUCUUGCCCGGAUGGAGCUGUUCAUCUUCACCACCAUGGUCUUCCAAAGCUUCUCCAUCGCUCCUGCGCCUGGCAAGUCCGUCAACUUGACACCUGAUUUGAGGGGUUUCUUUUUCCGGAAGCCAGUGCCCAAUGAGUUCGUCUUCACCGUCAGGAAACAGUUGCGUGAUGUGUACUGGUAUCUGGGGCUCGCCAUAUCAUCAGCAGCGUUCAAGAGGUACAAGCACCUAAUUACACACCCUUCACCCAAAAUUCAAAAGUAUCAUGGCGACUCCUACACCAGACUCGGAGUCCCCAUCUGGGGAGGGAACCAUAAAUGUCCCCAGGGGGAUCGCCUAGUGUUGUCCCUUAUGAGAAGCUCGGUCUACUAUGUUCAUAAAAUAGCAAUGACUGAGAUAUCUGAAACUGACCUAAGUGGAGAGAGGAAGCUACUUAGUGACCAGGAGUACAAAUCAGAUAAGCAGGACGUAACGGACCAAGCAAGAUUGCUUACGAGUCUGGCAUCUGUAGUUCGUCACAAUAUCAGCAGCGUGACGCAAACCCUCGAUGUUUUGCGGGUGCGGGGAAAGAAUCAUUCCACAGGGAGAAAACUCCUAGACCACUUAUUGGUCUGGAUAAUACAAGACAAUUAUCGGUGGCAAGCCACAAAGAUGCUGGUGGAGCUGCUUCUGUUCGCUGUGCUGGUGUUCCUGUUGUGGAAGACCUUCAGGAAACCCCCCGGACUGCCUCCAGGCAGGUGGGGGCUUCCUCUAGUGGGCUACAUAACCUGGACAAGUAAGAACUUUGAAGACCAGGUGAUGGACCUCCACGAGCAGUAUGGAGACAUCUUCCUGUGGAGGAUGGGGACUCAGUUGAUGGUGUUUCUGAAGGACUACAAACUGGUGAAGGAGGCUUAUUCCAGAUUCGACUUUAUAGACAGACCAAACUGGGAGAUCUUGAAGACCUUCGAGGAAACUGGCUAUGGAAUCACAGCGAGUAAUGGUCUUCUUUGGCACAACAACCGGAAAUUUACGCUGCGGCAGCUGCGUGACCUUGGCAUGGGCAAGUCCUCCCUGGUGUGGGCGGUGCAGCAACAAUGCCUCAAGCUGCGCGAGACUCUCGCAGAGAAGGCUGGAACACCCGGAAUGAUUCCCCAUCAGCUUCACGUGACUGUGCUCAACGUGAUCUGGCACAUGGUGGCAAGCAGACAGUUCGAUGCAGAAGACGAAAGGUUGCAAGAGUUCUUAAGACUUUCGGCCAAGUUCUCAUCUUCAAACCGAGUAGCUCUCAAGGAUUUCUUUCCAUGGUUGGAAAAUAUCAUGCCGAAUUUUCUCUUUAAACGCCUCAUAACGUAUCAUGAAAUGGAACAUUUAUUGGAAAUGUUUAUCCGAUACUUUUCAGAUGAGAUCGAGGAGCACAAGGCCACUUUGGAUCCAGACAACCCGCGGGACCUCAUUGAUAGCUACCUGCUGGAGAUGGAGGCCAAGAAAGAUGAUCCGGAGACAACCUGUAGCGAGCGGGAUUUGACUUUUGUAUUGUUAAGUAUGUUCUUCGCGGGAAGCGAGACCACAGUCAAUACUUUCACGUGGCUGUGUUGCUACCUGGCCGCACACCCGCAGGUUCAGCGUAAGCUGCAUGCUGAAAUCGACGAAGUGCUUCCCAAUGGAGCUCUGCCCACCUUGGCAGAGAAGCCCAGGAUGCCGUACACGGAAGCAAUAAUCAACGAAGUGAUGAGGGCUUGUUCACUGGUAAACUUCGGAUUGGCUCACAUGGCCACCAGUGACACGCAUCUCGGAGGCUACACCAUUCCCAAGGGAGCGGUCAUGAACUCCACCGUCACGUCCAUCCACUAUGACAGUCGCUACUGGGAUCGACCCAAGGAGUUCAGGCCGGAGCGCUGGCUGGAUGACAACGGCAAAUUCUCCAUGGCCAAGGAGGGGUUCCUGCCCUUCGGUGUGGGAAAAAGAACGUGUGUUGGGGAAAGUCUGGCCCGGAUGGAGCUGUUCAUCCUCACCACCAUGGUCUUCCAAAGCUUCUCCAUCGCUCCUCCGCCUGGCAAGUCCGUCAAUUUGAUACCUGAUUUGAAUGAUUUGUUCUUCCGCAAGGCAAUGCCUAAUGAGUUCAUCUUCACCGUCAGGGAACAGUAAUUGUCGCUAAGGUUAUCAUCAGCUUCCCUGUCAAAUAUGUCAGCAGGACAAACGGUAUCCCUCAUUUCUUUACUUAUUUGUACUAAUUUCCAUAGGCAGAUCCAAUCGUGUUAGUUCAGUGUCCUGGCUUUAUAUUGUAACCUACAUCCGCGUCAACCUGACUGUCCACUUAUUCAGUAGUUGUGACUGAGAUGUUGCAUAAAGCUUUUCAAAUUUUAAUGAAUUAAUAGUACUUACAUUUAUUACGAAUGACCAUAAAAAAUUCUUACUCGUAUUCAUCUAAGGUUUGUUCAGUUAUUUAGUGUUGGUUUCUAUCUUCACUAUAUAUUCACUAAUUAAGGCAAUCAUUGUGCAAGAACACAGACAAUAUCAUAUUCAUAAACACAGCAAAUAAUCAAUCCAUUAUUGUCCAAUUAGAAAAACACACAUGAUAUCGGCAUCACCGUUCUCACCGUUCUAUUGUUGCUGUUAAAACGGUCAUUGUUCUUCUCACAAGUUUAUUAACAGUGGUUGUUCCUCAGGGUUCUGUUCUGUCAUCCAUUCUCUUCCUUUUAUUCAUAAAUGAUCUGAACCAAA